CACAUGGUUCCAGCACAUGACCACGUAGGAAAGCAGUAUUGAUACAAGACUUACUGGGCUGGGGAACACAAACAAAACACCAGGUGGCAGCAUUGUUCUAAAUUGACAUGACUUUCCAGCCUCCCGGAGUAGCCAUGGGCGAACUGGAUCAAGCCAUCAAGAGUUGCGUGGAUGUCUUUGUGAAGUAUAGUGGCGAGGACAGCGACUGUUUGAGCGCUGAUGAGUUUAAGACAGUGUUGGAGAAUGAGAUCACCGCCUCUGACUUUAAGGGGAAGCUCUCUCUAAGCGAUGUUGACGAGGCCUUUAACAAGGUGGACAAGAACGACAAUGGUGAAAUCAACAUCCAGGAGUAUGCCAGAUGCAUCUCUAUGCUGAUAAAGGCUUACUACCACAAAACUACUAAAGCCAAGAGGGGUGGCAGGGGAGGCCGUGGCAGCAGAGGAGGUGGCAGGGGGGAAGGUGGUGAUGAAGAUUAAUGUUUUUAAUCGGAAUGUUUUCCACCUAUUUGUCUUGUCUAUCCCGAUAUUGUUUUUCAAGCAUUGUCAGA